CUCUCGCAUAAAAUGGGCCUUGGGGUGUCAGAUACGGCGCGUCUUAUGCCCUGUAGCUGUUGUCAACCUCAAGCAAACGGUCUAGCAAAGGGUCACACCAAGAAGGGGCUCGAAGAUGCAACAGAUCUUAAAGAUUUUGAUCUUACUUCUACUCCAUGCUCGAUGAUACGCAUGAAGAAAUCCACAAAAGCAGCCCCUUCAACAUCUUCGACUUCUUACACUUCUACUUCUACGCUAGGAACAAAUGCAAAUGUCGGUGGACCACGAGGAGCAUUGUUUUUUACACAUCGACAUCGACAACUUCAACAGGCCUUUUUGGCAGGGGUAGAUGCAGAAUCAGAUUCUGAGGGAGAUUCAUCCGAAGAAGUGGAGGAAGAGGAGGUGGAGCAAAGCGGCGUUGUACACGACAUUUUUACUUCUGCUGGAGUAGCAGGAGAAGAGCAGGGAGGCGUAGUUGAGGUACAUAUCAUGACGGAGGACGGACAUACAAACAGUAGUACAUCCUCUUCGUCGUCAUCCUUUGCGUCGUCAUCCUCUGGAGCGACGUCCCCCACCUCAGCGUCUAGCUCUAGCACAGUAACUUCUCCGCAAGAACAAGAGGCCACUUCUAGCUCUGAAACUACAGGGUGGACUGGGAUUUUCGGACCGACCUUGGGACUUUUUACAAAUCCUCACGACCCUUUCCCUUUCGAGCAACAGUUUCGGAGCGGUACAGAGCACCUUGAUUUGGUAGCUCACCUAGCUUAUCGUGAUUCACUGAGUGGAGGACGCGUGCCGGCAUCGGCAAGCGCAAGCGCAUCUACCAGUGACACAAGAAGCGUUGAUGUUGACUCAGCUGCAAAUAACUCGUCUGCAGCUCCUGGUAGCAGGGGUGCUGGUCAGCCUGCUGGUGCUGUUGGAGGCGAACAGAGACAAGCAGGACACGCGACAGAAGUUACAACACCUGCUUCUGCACAGCAGGUAGUUCUCGAACAAGAGACUCGUCGAUCACAAUUACAUCGUGCGAUGGUGAAUGCAAGAGAUGUGCUUUUUGUAGCUGGUGAGGCUUUGUUAGAUGCUGUUGGCCAAAGUUGGGUGUCUGCCGAAGAUAUCGAUAGUCUGUACUAUCAGAAUAUCGAUGUCAGUGCAGGAGAAGCUCCUGUAGAAGAAGAGCAAUUGACGCAAGAAGAGAUGGAGCAAGCAAGUUCAGUACAUCUACCGAUGCUAUUCUCGUUAGGAGCGCCCAUUGGUACUUCUACAGGACGAGGAGUCUCAACAGAAGCAGAACAAAGUUUUCGGUCUGCUGGAGGUUCGGCUGGUCGUAGUUCUCUUCCAGUAGGAGAGGAAAGGGGCGGUCGAGGAUCUAGGUCACCGUCUGAUAGCAGUACGUUAUCACCAACAAGUAGUGUUGGUAGCACUCCUGGCAGUGCCUGUGCUGCGGGUGCUGGGUCGAGCUCGAGUUUCGAAGUUAGCACAGUUGGCAAUGGUAAUGGAGGUGGUGGCAGUAGCAUUGGGGAACCAGGAGUGAGCAGUAGCAACGGAGGUGCCACCUCUAGCUCGUGCAACACCAAUGCAGCAGUUCCAACUCCAAGGUGUCCACGGGUCACGAAUUCGUGUAGGCCACACGAAAAAAUUUGGCUAGUGGUUUUUGGACAUGGAGCAGAUGCAGCAAAUACAGAAGUAGAUCAUGAGGGAGAGCAAACUACUUGUUCUACUAGGAGAAUGUUCCAAUUCCUGAAGCCUUGGCUCGAAAGAACUCCUAGCCCUUCGUUUCGAGGGAUGCUCGUACGAGGAUGCUGUCUUCAACGGUAUUUGAGUUCGUUGCAGUCCUCGAAGAAAACGAAAGCAUUUAAGGCGGAGGACGAGAACAAAAUGAAAAGUAAGAAAAGCAGCAAAGCCAAAGUUCCUCUGCUUUUGAGAAGAAUUUUUUUGCAGUCUUCUUCCACCGGAUUAUAGAGUGGAGCAGUUCUGCUUGGCGUCUUUGACCAGUGAAGAGUUUCAUUUUCAAUUUACGAGAGAGCAACACAGUCAUACUUAUUUUUACAGGGUAUUAGUGGUUACUAACACAACUUCAUAUAAUUCAUCUCCCUGCGAAAAGUGCUACAUCCAUGACCUGCAUGGUUUUUGACUCAGCGAGUAGAGAAUAGAUUACCAGCAACUGCAGCGCCACCACGAAGAGAUCAGAGCCUUCUCGUGAGCAACGACCUGGUAGAUGGUUUUUCACUCACCGUCACUGGGCAUCUUGAACUAGAUCCUGUUUCUGUAGUAUGAUCUGACUUCAGAUCCACCUUAUCCUAGAUUGUUGGAUCACG